AUGGAGGUGGUGUCGAAGCAGGAGCAGGCGGACCAAAGCAAGGCCGACGCUGUCAAGAGUGACCAGGAGGAGGACAAUGCAACGGCCUCUGGCCACACCUGUGGUCUCUGCGGACGGAGCUUCCCUCUCCUGAGCUCGCUGUCCCAGCACAUGCGCAGGCACACUGGGGAGAAGCCCUACAAGUGUCCCUACUGUGAACACCGGGCGGCCCAGAAGGGCAGCCUGAAAGCCCACAUCCGCAGCCAUAAGCUGGGCCUGCUCAGCCGGAGACUGGGCAAGAAGGAAGGGGAGGAGGGGGUUGGGGAGCAAGGACAAACACAGGGGGACCCUAAGCAACUGAAUAGUCCCGCCGACAACCUCGCCAAUGGCACCUUGGCCAAGAAGCACAAAGUCAACGGCAAGACGGGAAAAAAAAGCUCCAAGAAGAAAGGCGAAGACUCAGUCGUCCAGGAUAACGGCAAGGAGGACGAGCCACAAACCACGACUGAGGACAACUCACUUCCGGGAGGGACCAACUGGGUGGACAACGGGGAAGAGGAAGCCAGUGCGGGCUCCUUUCCCUGCGGCUCUUGCAGCCAGGUCUUCCCCCAGGCCUUGCUCCUCAAGGCCCACAUGAAGAAGCACCGCGGCUCCCUGGACCACGGUUGCCGCAUCUGCGGCCGGCGCUUCCGCCAGGCCUGGUUCCUCCAGAGCCACAUGCGGAUUCAUCGGGCAAAAAGCCAGCUGCGGUGUGGGGGUUGCGACAGCAGCGAGUCCCAGGCCACCCUCAAUGGGGUCUCCCGGGAGCCGGCGUCCCUGGUGAACGAUAACUGUCUCUACGAGCUGUGUGCCGGCUGCGGCAACUUCUUCUACGACCGCAAGACCCUCCGGUUGCACGAGAGGGUCCACAAGCAGAGCCACACCCCCAGCAAGCCGCCGCAGCAAGACCCCUGACAACGGCUCGUCGUCACCCGCCGCCAAGAGGCGCUACCUGGAAUGCCUUAACCUCAGGGCAACCGGGGCUGGAGAGGGGAGUCUUGGAAGACGGAUCCCUGAGCUGGACCCAGUAUGCAGUUACCAGGCCUGGCAGUUGGUCACCAGAGGGCGUGUGGUAGAGGUGACAGAUAAAAGUCUAGGCUGGGAGGAGAGGCUGGCGGAUGCCGAGGUGGCGUUUGCCCAGGAGAAGGGCGAGUAUGUGCCUUUGAAACAAGAGAAGCGGAAGAGGCAGCUGGACUCCUCCCAAAGCAAGAAGAAGAAAGGGGCCCAGGAUGUUGUCAUUAAUGGUGGCAGCGGUGGGCUCUCCCACCAGAAGGGUGACAGUAGAAAUAGCCAUACCUUGUUGAAUGGGCUCAGCCCAGAGACGUUUGGGAUAUUGCAGAAAAAGAAGGUGAAAGAUGGUCAUCAGUCCAGCAAGCAAGCCACUAAAUUAAACUCUGCCAGUCAGCCCAGCACACCAAGACAAGAAGAUUCUCUGUCUGCCUCUUCCAUAAAGAGGAAUAGUAUCAGGGACCCAACCUAUGAAGGUAAGACAAAACCACACCUAGAUUAGCUACAAUAAUUAGAUUUUCUUUAAAUUACAUGACAAAAGGCAUCUUGUCGUAUUCACACAUUUUGCUUACUACUACAGUAAUAAUAAUGAAAUAAUUCCCCCCAAAAUUCAGACAUUACCAUACAAAAUUCCACUCCCAUACCAUAUUAACUGAAGUAAAUCAGAGUUUUCAGAGUGAUUCAGUCAUGGUUGGUUUGGUUUCUGUUGCUACUCAGUCCUGAGUUAUGGUCAAUCUAAUAUCUUCCCAUGGUAAAGGGAGACCUAAUGUGUUGAUCAAAUUACACAUCUUAGCAUAACUAAACGCCUCAGUGUAUGUGGGCACAUCUCUCUCACAAGCUGCUGAAGUAUGUAGCAUACUUAGCAUAGUAGACUGCAGAUUGAGCCUUAGUGUGUCAAACAGGGACCUGUUCUUAUGUUAUGGUUUACUUGUCUGUAUUCUUGUACAUCAACUGAUUAUUGUAGACAAGACAGUCUGAAAAGUGAUGCUGCUUUGACUGUUAAACUCUGUGAUAGGAUAAUAAAUUGUUCCCUUCCAAGUCCUCUUGAUAACAGUAUUAACCAAGAACCAUAAGGACAUGUACUGGUUUCCUCUGCACUCACAGUUGUAAAGGCUUUGAACGUUUCAAAUUGCACUCUGGACACCUGACACAAAAAUGUAUAAUGAACUGUAAGUCGCUUUGUCACUUUGAUAAUGGCAAUGGUUCUUAUUUCAUUUUCAGUUAACUGGGUUCAUGCCCAUGACUCAGUCAACUCAUAUAGGUAAAUGUUUUAUGUUUGAUUGCCACUGCAUGAUCAUGGCAGCCAAGUGUAGAUAUGAUUGAAUUUACCCUUUCUCACAUUAAUUAAUAUAUAAUGUGUCUUAGCAGUUUUCCAAGAUUAAAAGCAUGGUGUUAAGUUUCCAUGGAGCAGACCAAUACGUACAAUGUUGUUCACCAGUUGCCACUGAAUGAAUGGCUUUGCGUUCAUCUGGACACGCUUGCCAUACACCUUUAAUCCUACAUAAAGGAAUAUUUAAAUUUUAGUCAUUUAGCAGACACUCUUAUCCAGAGCGACUUACAGUUAGUGAGUGCAUACAUUUUCAUACUGGAAGCCAAUAUGAAAGGCCUUUACAUCUGGUACUUUGCUAAAUGAGGCAUAACCCUUUCUGUACCAUUCAUAUAUCUUGACAUUUGUUUAUUAAUGUUUUCUGGAAUAUUCUAUAUGCCUUAUAAAGGGUUCAUGAUGGCUUCCUUAAACCUUAAAAGUUAUGUUGGACGUGAACACAGUUGAAUUUAGCUUAAAUGGUAAAUAGCUGAGUUGUUAGGAUAAAUGACUGAAACAUUACUAAUGAAAAGUAGCAUGACAAUGUCCUCCUUUCUUAUCCACAUGUUUGUUCAAUCAUGUUACCGCUUAUUAAAUAUUCACACCUUGCUGAAGCUCAUUUUCUUAAAAUGUCAGUUUUUCAAUAUGAGCUUAGUCUACCUGUACUCUGCAAUCCACAGAUACCAAGCCAUACUUCUGUGAGAACUGUGACUUCCACACCAGCGACCCCUCUUCCUUCACAUCCCACAUGCACAAGCAGCACAAGGACAUCAGGGAUGCACAUCAUCACAAACUGGGAGCUUUUAUGGAAGACCCGAGCCACGGCGCUCCCAAGGUCUCAGGUUAUAUGGAAUAUCUUCAGCUGAAGAGCACACUGCUCGGCCAGCCCUACCCGAAUCCCUACGUCUGUCCUCCUGGCCAGGAGAGGGCGGCAUCGAGCUGCCAGUCGGAGAAGUCAAGGAGCCUAAAGGUCAAAGGGCAAUCCUCUCAGGAUGCCAUCAUCAACGCCAGCCUCCUCAACCUGUCUGCCCUGCCCGAGGGCCAGGAGGAGGAUGGUGGUGUGAACCUUAUGGCAGCAGCGUCUGAGGGUAAGUUGGUCAGACACCAGUGUCCGUUCUGCACCCACACAACCCAUUACCUGGAGGUGCUGUGGAUCCACCAGCGUGUGGCCCACAGGGUGGAUAGUGGCAGCUCCCUGGCCCCCAAGUGGGCCCCCUAUGUCACCGGCUUCAAGGGCCCCAAGGCUGCUGGACGGCGCACGGGGCCCCCACCCUUCCUGGAGGGCAAAGACUGCCCGGCGAUCCCAGUCCCCCAGGCCCAGCGCACACAAGCCCCAGGUUCCACCACCACACAACCAUCAGAUGGAGGCACCAAGAGGCCAAAGACCCACACAAGCACUACAACUACUACUUCCCAGUCCAACACCAGCCAGGCCAUGGUGACAGGGUCGUGUACCUCCACAAGGUCGCCCCCUGGUGGUGGGAAGUCACUCCUACCUCAAAAGAAGAAGUCAAGCCGCCCAACCCAUAUGGGGGAGGUGGCAAAUAAGAGUGUUCGAUCUAAAACGAAAGCCCACCCCAAAGCUCCUGCCACCACCACCACCGCCUCAACCAGCAUUCAAGGCUUCUCCCAGCAAUCGACAAGCAGCCCCAAAUCCGGAAGCCAUUAUCAGGCGGCUGCCGAGGGAAGCCUGCUUACGCAAGAGGGCCUCGGCUUUAUUCUCGCUAGGAACCAUGGCAGGGCCGACCAUGCGACCCAUCUUACCCUAGACAGAACUCACCUCCACCCCCAGCCCCAUCCACACCCCCACAGCCAUCCACGGGAUCCACCUGCAUCCCCGAAAGGUCAAUACCUUUGGUCAGUCACAAACAUGUUUGGGGCGCAGGGCAGCAGUGGGUACCUGGCACCCACCACCACCCUCGGCCACGGGAAGAGGGAGUCGACUGCUGGAGACAGCAGAGACACCCCGAUGGACAUGGGCAUCCUGGGUCUGUUGAAGAACUACAACCCUCACGACCUGGCAGCUCUCUACCAGCACUGGGGCUUUGUAGAUCCCAGGCUUGACCCACAAGGUAAGGGGGAGAUUGAGUGUUGGGUAAUGUAGUCCAUUAAUGAAAUUGGCAGUGAAAAUAGUUUUAUAAUGUUCACCACAGCCCUACAUAAUUCAGCAUGUACACAGAGAGGGAGAGAAGGAUAGACAGACAUUCACAAAACUGACCAUGUACUGUACAAUGUACACUAAGGUCAAACCUGCAGCUUGUCGUCGUAGAUAUCAUCAUCGUCCUCUUUAGCCCUUUGAGUCACAUUUAAUAACGUGACCUUUAAAAAUAUAUAUAUAUAUAUACAGUACCAGUCCAAAGUUUGGACACACCUACUCAUUCUAGGGUUUUUCUAUAUUUGUAAUAUUUUCUACAUUGUAACUAUGAAAUAACACAUAUGGAAUCAUGUAGUAACCAUUCUUCAAAUGGCCACCCUUUGCCUUGAUGACAGCUUUCCACAUUCUUGGCAUUCUCUCAACCAGCUUCACCUGGAAUGCUUUUCCAACAGUCUUGAAGGAGUUCACACAUAUGCUGAGCACUUGUUGGCUGCUUUUCCUUCACUCUGCGGUCCGACUCAUCCCAAACCAUCUCAAUUGGGUUGAGGUCUGGGGAUUGUGGAGGCCAGGUCAUCUGAUACAGCACUCCAUCACUCUCCUUCUUGGUAAAAUAGCCCUUACACAGCCUGGAGGUGUGUUGGGUCAUUGUCCUGUUGAAAACCAAAUGAUAGUCCCACUAAGCCCAAACCAGAUGGGAUGGCGUAUCGCUGCAGAAUGCUGUGGUGGCCAUGCUGGUUAAGUGUGCCUUGAAUUCUAAAUAAAUCACAAACCGUGUCACCCGCAAAGCACCCCCAUAUCAUAACACCACCUCCUCCAUGCUUUACAGUGGGAAAUACAAAUGUGGAGAUCAUCCGUUCACCCACACUGUGUCUUACAAAGACACGGCGGUUGGAACCAAAAAUCUCAAAUUUGGACUCCAGACCAAAGGACAAAUUUCCACCGGUCUAAUGUCCAUUGCUCGUGUAUCUUGGCCCAAGCAGGUCUCUUUUUCUUAUUAGUGUCCUUUAGUAGUUUUUUCUUUGCAGCAAUUCGACCAUGAAGGCCUGAUUCACACAGUCCCCUCUGAACAGUUGAUGUUGAGAUAUGUCUGUGACUUGAACUCUGUGAAGCAUUUAUUUGGGGUGCAAUUUCUGAGGCUAACUCUGGGUCUUCCAUUCCUGUGGCGGUCCUCAUGAGAGCCAGUUUCAUCAUAGCGCUUGAUGGUUUUUGCGAUUGCACUUGAAGAAACUUUUGAAGUUCUUGAAAUGUUCCGUAUUGACUGACCUUCAUGUCUUAAAGUAAUGAUGGACUGUUGUUUCUCUUUGCUUAUUUGAGCUGUUCUUGCCAUAAUAUGGACUUGGUCUUUUACCAAAUAGGGCUAUCUUCUGUAUACCCCCCUACCUUGUCACAACACAACUGAUUGGCUCAAACGCAUUAAGAAGGAAAGAAAGUCCACAAAUUAACUUUUAGGAAGGCACACCUGUUAAUUGAAAACCAUUCCAGGUGACUAUCUCAUGAAGCUGGUUGAGAGAAUGCCAAGAGUGUGCAAAGCUGUCAUCAAGGCAAAGGGUGGCUAUUUGAAGAAUCUCAAAUCUCAAAUAUAUUUUUAUUUGUUUCACACUUUUUUGGUUACUACAUGAUUCCAUAUGUGUUAUUUCAUAGUUUUGAUGUCUUCACUAUUAUUCUACAAUGUAAAAAAUAGUAAAAAUAAAGAAAAACCCUUGAAUGAGUAGGCGUGUCCAAACUUUUGACAGGUACUGUAUAUAUUUGUCCUCCACCUUUUCUCUUUUUCUACGAGGGUUUUGGCAUGAAUGCUAAUAGUUUGGGGAAACAUGUUUACCAAGGCCGACCGAAGGACAUGUUUCUGCCGGUGAUAGGACCAGUCAAGGAAUAGGUCUCAGUCUAGUGUCGACCUGUGUGUAGGUCCUGGGGUGGUGUGUAUGUGUCAGUAUGUGCGUGCAUGGAUCACAGUGACACAGAUGGGCAGUGGGCACCCAGUACUGUGACAAGGAUAAGGGUGUGUGUGUGUUUGUGUCUGAGAGAGAGAAAGGGAGAAUGAUGAAGGUGGCAUGGAGUCCACACAUACACAGUCAAUUCCACGGCCAGAACACCAGAGAGACCUGACACAAUCGGGGUGACAGCGGGGGAAAGCUCAGCGAGCAAGUACAGGGAAAGAGAGAGAGAAACAAGAGGCAGAGAAAGAGUGACCUAGUGAGAGGGAUAUUUAGACAUAGAGAGAGAAAAAGAGUGAGAGGAGCACACCUGACAUGUGACACGGGAGCGCUGGCCAAGGGCACAUCACAGAGGCCCGGCAAUUUAAUAUGCAGUAAUUUAUGCGCUACUUCCCAGGCAGCCAGGGGGUGUGUCAGGGCUGUCGGAUGCACGCCACCACGAUUCGGUACGAAAGUCGCCUUGCCCUGAAGGAAGCCCCCCCCAUCUUAAUGGCAUGAUAUACUAAUGAGCCCCAUACUUUGUGGCUUAGGUGGUCUAGUGGUUAGCGUCGCCGCCUCUAACACGUGUAUACCUGUGUCUGUGUGGGUUCAAAUCUGACCCACAGCCCCUUGACACUGACUCCUAUUCUUUCCACACUAUCACACUAUGACUUUAUUCUGUUCAAUACAAACCUGGAAGAAAAACCCAAUGAGCUAGCUACUGUUUUUGCAGAAUACAUGCCUGCUGCACAGUGCCGGUGGGUAAAGAUUGGAUAAGUUAAAAUAGCGUGAGAUAAUUGUCGCAAUUUUCAUGAAUGGAACAGGUUAGCUACCUAUCCAACACUGCAAUUAGAGCUUGCUGGCUCACUAACUGUAACAUACUGAAGUAGGUCAGCUACAAUGUAGGUCAGCUAGCUAGCUAGCUAGCUAGCAUUUCCUCCAUAAAUGAAGCAAAUUAUCUAGCUAGCUACCAGCUUAGAAACAUAGAGGCAAGAGAGUGGUGUUGAACUACCAGACGGCUUUGUUUAGAAACAUUCUGAUUUGGUCUAUACUCAUUCACUCCCCCAAAUUCCAAAUGCAAGCACAGAUUUACACACACACACACACACACACACACACACACACACACACACACACACACACACACACACACACACACACACACCGCUAAUGAUGAAAAAACCAUCAAAAAAGGAAGUGUGUUUUUUGUGUGUGUGCAUGCCAGUCUGCCUGUGUAUAUGCUUUUGUCCUUGGAUAGCAGUCCUUCAACUUUGAACAAACACAUUUGCUUGUGACACUGACCUGUGAAAUGUUUUAUACAUUAUUAAUCAGAUGUCAGUUAUGGGGAUGUAAUUGGUGUGUGUGUGCAUGCUAAUGAGAUGCCUGGCCACCAGCACAGUGACCAUUGGUCCUCUGUAGCUCAAUUGGUAGAGCAUGGUGCUUGCAAAGCCAGGUUAGUGGGUUUGAUUCCCGGGAGCACCCAUACUUAAAAUGUAUGCACACAUGACUGUAAGUCGCUUUGGAUAAACGUGUCUGCUAAAUGGCAUACAUAUUAUAAUUAUAUAUAUUAUAAUUUGACCACAAUUCAAUGGAAGACAAAAAACUAGAACAAGCAGAAAUGCCAUCGAUUUCUUCCCUGCAUGUCACUCCAAGGCAAUAUUACCCUGAAAUCCAAUCUGAAUAUUGCCCUAAAAAUACAACAGAUACCGUAACUUACUGUGAUAUUAUUAGGUUCUGUUUUUUACUUGUAACUCUUGGUUGUGAAAGUCUUGGGAUUCUAAAGUGUUGCUCUGUCUCUUGUUUCUACAGGGAUACUGCAGUACAAUGGACAUUUUGAAAAUGAAGUCCAUUCCUCCACAGAGGCCUCCAAACAA